AUGUUUGUCGCUUCUCGCCUUAACCUGCCUCGAGUUUGGGGAACAUCUCGCCCUACCGGCUACCAGACCAUGCCCGGCGGCUUCCACGAUGAAGAGUCCGGCUCAGGAGAGUCGGACUCGCUGCUCGACCGCGGGCAGCGAAGGGUCCGUCGCUUCUGGGACGGCUUUGUCGACUUUGCAUUUCAAGGCAACAUCCUCCAGAUUGCCUUUGGUCUAAUUCUCGCCGCUGCCUUCACAGACUUGGUCAAGUCGUUUGUCAGCGAUGUGCUCAUGCCGCCCAUCUCCAUCAUUCUCCCGCUCAACAGGAACAUGGAGGAGAAGUUUGCGGUGCUGAAGCCUGGACCCAACUUUGACUCGUCGACGGGGUACAACACGCUGCAUCAGGCGCAAGAUGAUGGCGCCGUUGUCAUGGCCUACGGGUCUUUCAUCAACCAGGUCAUAUCAUUUGCCAUGCUUGGCCUCUCGCUGUAUGGCCUUGCACACCUGUACCAGCUUGCCUCAACUGAACCCAUCAUCAAGCACACCAAGAAGUGCAAGUACUGCAGACAAAGGAUCAACGAAAAGUCUGCGCGAUGCAUCCACUGCACGAGCUGGCUCGAUGGAAGAGAGGAUCAACACUAA